UUUAUCUUACAACAUGUCAGGGAGGAGGCUGUGUUGUCUGUGUUUACUAUAAAUCGACGUGUUGAAAUGAUGCAGUAGCUACCAGCCGUGUUAGCGUUAGCAGAGACAGGAAAACGUGCGUCCGCAAACACAAGUAGUUGGUCGGCUAACGGGAGCUAGCUAGUUUGGGGGUUAAUUGGCUAACUAUUGUUCGCUUCCUAAUUCCUGGUACCCUCGCAGUUACAUUAGCGUGAUUUACUCUCGACUGUAAGCUGAUGGAGUGCCCUCAUCUGAACUCAAAUGUGAGCUCCACCGUCGAGUCCUCCAGGCUCCCUCACGGUACUCCUUCCUCCUGGUGCUGCAAUGUUUGCAGAUCUAAUAAAAGUCCAUGGAUUUGCCUCACCUGCCUGAUGGUCCAUUGUGGACGGUAUGUUAAUGGCCAUGCAAAGAAACAUUUUGAAGAGAGCCAUGUGCUUGGCGUUAGCCAAAGGAAGGGUGAGAAGCAGGAGAAGGAGAAAUCUCAUCAUUCUGUCUGCAUGGACUGUAGCAACUACAGCGUAUUUUGUUACAGAUGUGAUGACUUCGUUGUAAAUGACACCAAACUUGGGCAGGUGCAGAAGGUGAGGGAACAUCUCCAGGGUUUAGAAAACUCAGUGCUGAUGGGUGACAGACAGAGGAAAAGAAAACUCCAGGAAAGUCCAGCUCCAGACAACAAAAUGUUGAAAGACAAUGAUGGGGUGGCCUUAGGUGCUACAGGCUUGCGGAACCUGGGAAAUACAUGCUUCAUGAAUGCCAUUCUGCAAUCCCUCAGUAACAUAGAGCAGUUCAGCUGUUACUUCAAGGAGCUGCCUGCAGUGGCUCUACGCAGUGGUAAGACGGCAGGAAGAAGGAUGUACCACACCCGCAGCCAAGGGGACAACAGUGUGUCUUUGGUGGAGGAGUUCAGGAAAACCCUUUGUUCCCUCUGGCAAGGGAGCCAGACGGCAUUCAGUCCGGACUCCUUAUUUUAUGCUAUAUGGAAAAUCAUGCCAAGCUUCAGGGGUUACCAGCAGCAGGAUGCCCAUGAGUUCAUGCGUUACCUGCUUGACCACCUCCACAGGGAGCUCCAAUACAGCCGGAACGGGGCAGCUCACCCAGUCUCACCUCAGGAUGGGGUUAGACUCUCCACUGUAGAAGGCAAAUGCUGCAUAAAUGGGACAGCCAGUGUUGUCACAUCUAUUUUUGGUGGUAUACUUCAGAAUGAAGUUAACUGCUUGAUAUGUGGGACAGAAUCUCGGAAGUUCGACCCAUUUCUUGAUCUGUCUUUGGACAUUCCCAGCCAGUUCAGACAAAAGAGAAGUAAGGACCAGGAGCCAGGGCCGACAUGCACCUUACGGGACUGCUUACGUAGCUUCACUGACCUGGAAGAGCUUGAUGAAACAGAGCUGUACUAUUGCCACAAGUGUAGAAAACGACAAAAAUCCACCAAGAAGUUCUGGAUCCAGAAACUGCCAAAGGUUUUGUGUCUACACCUCAAAAGGUUCCACUGGACUGCCUUUUUAAGAAAUAAAGUGGACACUUACGUGGAGUUUCCACUGAAAGGCCUGGAUAUGAAUGGCUACCUGCUUGAGCCAGACAACUCGUUACCAGAAAGCUGCCUGUAUGACCUUGUUGCUGUUGUAGUGCAUCAUGGAUCUGGGGUUGGAUCAGGGCACUAUACAGCAUAUGGCAGCCACGAAGGUCGCUGGUACCACUUCAAUGACAGCACAGUGACUCUGACCAAUGAGGACACCGUGAGAAAGGCCAAGGCCUACAUCCUUUUCUACGUGGAGAGGACUGACCAGGUGGCCUCGGACAAGACUGCCACGAACAGCACAGCUGCAGGCACAGUCAAACCGGCUGUGGACGCAGCUGCCGCAGACACUGUGUCUUCAGAAGUAGUUGCUCAGGACAAGGUUGCAGCAGACCCAAUGGCCAUAGACAGUGUUUUGAUGCACGUGGCAGCCCCAGAUAAUGCAACAUUGGAAGAUGUUGGCAAAGACAUGGCUGUACUGGAUGAAGCUGACAUGGAGAGUAUGGGUUCAGUAAAUGCUACAACAGAUAGGGAUACCUCAGACAUGGCUGCAACAGAGGAUGCUAGCCCAGCUAUACAAGCUGCAGCACAAUGAUUCUGUCAGACUGCCUCAGAGUAGCAUCUCUCUGCACUCUGGCUUCACCUCAAUCACAUUUCUCACAGUGCUUGAUUUAAAUAGUUAAUUUUCACGUUUAAAGCUAGGGUAGGCAAUUUAUUUUAAAAACAUUUUUGUUACAUUUGUUGAAAUUCUCUUUCCUUGCUGACAGUAAUCAACAAAUCCAAUUCUGAAAAAAAGAAAGAUUCGGUAUCUGUGGCUGUUGCAAGCCUGUAAUAAGUCCAUCCAAUCAUUUCAGUCGGCCCACAUGAGAUGAUUGGAUGCCUUACCUGCCUGUUUACCUACCUGCCUGCCCAUCUGUGCGCACUCUGCCCAUCUCUUUUGCCUCAAAAACCUCCUCAGUCACCAGUCCAUCAGAGAGCCACGUUCACUCCCAUGAAAGUCUCUCGCUCCAGCAUCCUUAACGAAAUGAUGGCAAUAGUCUGAUGAUCGCACAUUGCUUUUCGUUCUGUUUUCUGUUGAUAUUCCCGACUUUUUUUCCUCUACCAUUCAUGCAGUCCUAUCACUCCCUAUCCGUCGGUAUCCCACUGCUCACCUGGCGUCCAAACUUUACGUUGUGUGAGUGCAGUAGUAAUCUGUUAAACUUUUGUGUUGCGUGCACCUAUGAAGUGCGUGCAUAUGUCCGUACUUUUCUGGUGGGAGCGGUUUAGGACAGAGGGGAGGGUGGAGAGCUGCAGGAGGUGGGCUGUAAUUUCAAUUUGUAGCUGGGGUUUUUAUUUUUAUUUUAUUUUUUUGCCUUUUCCAGAAAACAGCCUGCCCCAGCUUUAAUGUUAUGUGCAAGUAUUUUGUUUUUAUGACCUGCAUGACAGCAUUGUGUAUAAUUUGCUGCUCAAUUUUGUUUGUUUAGUAUGACAUUUUGCAUUUAUUUUCUUGAUGUUGUAUUCCUCAGUUGAGGUAGACUUCUCCGUAUGUAAUAGAUUCCAAAGGUGAUCGUUUAAAAGAAUGAAGUAAAAGCUUUAGCCUUGGAAAACCUCUGUUGGUCCAAUGUUUAGCCUAGACUGACAAGAUUCAUUGUGUCAAGACACUGUGUCAUUGUAACAAUAUUUGGUGUUUCUAUUUUUAAAGUUUCCAAUUUUAUAUUUUCCAACUCUUAAGAACCUCGUAGUUCUGUUUUCCAGUUAUUAGGCGAGAUUUUAGGCUUUAGAAUGCAAUGCAUUUAUUGACUGACAAGUGCUCAUUAGGGCUGUAAAAAGUUGUUUUUAACCUCUUGACCAGAACCAAUGUGAAAGAAUCAUUCUCAGAUUUUGUUUGUUUGUAUUGGUGCCUGAGUAUCAUAUAACAUUUUAUGUUUAUCUGAAAUGGGCGCUGAUGAAAUGCUCUUUUAAAAACAUGUAUCAGACAAAGUGAAAAUGAAAAAAUACAAUGGAGAAUCCUUU